UAUCAGUCUGCAAGGAGUGCUGUAAUAUUCUAAUCAAAGUUGAAAGUACAGUGCCAGUGAGUGAAAUAACAAUAACCAAGAGAAGUAAUGUCGCUCAAUAAGGACCUAAUACACCCUACUUUGGAGGCUGAGAGGCAAAGACACAAGAAGAAGAGGUUGGUUCAGAGUCCCAACUCCUACUUGGAUGUAAAAUGCCCUGGCUGCUACAGGAUCACCACAGUGUUCAGUCAUGCCCAGAGAGUGGUGCCCUGUGGUGGCUGCUCCUUCGUCCUGUGCCAGCCCAGAGGGGGGAAAUGCCGCCUCACUGAGGGCUGCUCCUUCAGAGGAAAGCAACGCUGAGUGAGAUUUCAGUAGUGAACUAUCAACUGUGAUAGUUGUAAAUUGGGGUCCAUGGAUGUUUCGUAAAUUAUAUUGAAUGGGGAUUAUUCAAUCUGAUUGGCAGUGUUUUGUCCUUAUUAUUAAAUAAACAGAUUACAAUAUUGUUCAGCUACAAUAUGCCUUUUCGUAAUGAAUAGGUAUAAUAUACUGUAUGCUGAAGUGGUUUGUCUCUGUGUUUGACAUUUCUAUUUUUCUUACUAAAUAAUAAAUUAAAUAAUCUCUUGA